GUGUCUACUAAAACAAUUAAGCAUUGUUGGUCUCAUACAAAAAUUGUGUCACUAUGUGAUAAAGCCGGAAUGCCUAUUUCCACUCCUCCUGUUACUAAUAAUCUUGAAAACCCAAAUGAAGAGCUAGAUAAAGAACUAGGUGAAGAACUAGGUAAAGAACUUCAACAGCAAAUUGAUGCACUAUGUAUUCGUACUCCAAUGUCGAUCAAAAACUGGUUAAAUCCUGAAGAUGAACAAGAGGUACAUCAGCAAUUUGCUAAUGAAGACUUCGUUCAAGGUGCCAUAGAAAUAGAGCAAAGAGAAGAGGAAAAAAUCUUAGAACCAACCCUAACUGCAAAAGAAAAAUUGAAUGUUUUGCGUGAUGCUAUGAAAAUUGUUACUGAUAUAGUUGACGAUGGUGGAGUAAUAUUGAGGUCUCUUCGUAAAAUACAAUCUCAUAUUCAUGAUGAG